CAGAGGAGUACUAAUUACUCCCACGAGGAUGAAAGGAUACUGGAGUUGUAUGAUAUUGUUUUUAGUGUGAUGAAUUGAUGCAGCAAGUCUUCUGCGACUACCACCAACUUAAAAUUUUUAGGCCAUGUGAAAAUGGGAGAUUGGAACUUGCUAGGAAGUAUCUUGGAGGAGGUUCACAUUCACUCCACCAUUGUAGGCAAAAUCUGGCUCACCAUUCUUUUUAUUUUCCGUAUGCUUGUGCUCGGGGUUGCUGCGGAAGAUGUGUGGGACGAUGAGCAAAGUGAGUUUGUGUGCAACACAGAGCAGCCUGGAUGCAAGAACGUCUGUUACGACCAGGCGUUCCCCAUAUCUCUCAUCAGAUACUGGGUCUUACAGAUCAUCUUUGUCUCCUCACCAUCUUUGGUGUACAUGGGACAUGCACUCUACCGGCUCCGAACGCUAGAGAAGGAGCGCCACAAGAAGAAAGCUCAGCUGAAAGUGGAGCUGGAGGAGACGGAGGCUUUGGAGGAGCACAAAUGUAUAGAGAAGGAGCUUAAGAAGCUGGAUGAGCAGAAGAAAGUGAGGAAGGCCCCUCUGAGGGGUUCCUUGCUGCGCACAUACGUGUUGCAUAUCUUAACCAGGUCAGUGGUGGAGGUGGGAUUCAUAGUGGGGCAGUACGGGCUUUAUGGUAUCGGACUGGCGCCGUUGUACAAGUGCGAGCGUGACCCCUGCCCCAAUAGCGUGGACUGCUUCGUUUCACGGCCGACGGAGAAGAGCAUCUUCAUGAUUUUCAUGCUGGUCAUUGCAGGGGUAUCCCUGUUCCUUAAUCUCCUGGAGAUAUUCCAUCUUGGUGCGAAAAAGAUCAAGCAGACCAUAUAUGGAUCCAAGUACAGUGGAGAUGCAGAUAGCAUUUGCAGGUCAAAGAAAAACUCCAUGGUCCAACAAGUAUGCAUCCUUACAAACACCUCACCACAAAAACAUAUACAUUUGACGCGCGCUUCCCUUACAGUGGUACCAGAUGGACAGAUGGCUGGUCCUCCAUACAGCCACGAGGAGCCAAAAGGUGACCCUAAUGGAUCUGAGCAACCCCCCAGGGAGAACCGUCUUCCUAGCCAGUCCGAAUUUCAGGCUCUCCAACAGUUGGGAGCCACAGAACGACGGUCCACUUUAGACAACCGUCAGCACUCCUACAGCAGCGAAGAGUCUGGGCCCAAGGGCUCUGGACCACCCGGAAAUGUUUGUCAGCAGCCCAGAGCUUCACUCAGAGCCAGUCACAUAGAGAUACUAACGGCAUUACGGAAGCAGAGCCGUGUCAGUAAAGACUUCAGUGAGGAUAGUGAUUCCCCGGAGAGUGGGAAUUAUCCCACAGCUAGGAAAGCUAGCUUCAUGUCACGGGGGCUUUCAAAUAGCCCGUCUGAUAGUCCAGACUCCAAGAGUGGAUCGGACACGGACGCCAACCGCAUAGCUCAAGGGGAGAGCCCAGCAAUGACACCACCCCCUACUGCUGGACGCAGAAUGUCAAUGAGCAUGAUUCUGGAACUGUCUUCAAUCAUGAAAAAGUGACAUUUUGGAACAAUCUUCUGAGCGGAUAGCAAAGAUGGAAAUUGCUGUAUAUUCCGCUGGUUUGAUUUUCAUUCACUCCAUAAUUACUGCAUAUUAAUUCAAAGGACUUACUGUAGUGCUACUCUCAAUAAAUAC